AAUACAGAAGUUCUAAUCCGGUGUUUGAUCAAAAUUCAUUAGUUUUUAUACAAAGAAAGAAUGUAUGUUGUUCAAAUUCUAAAAGAUGCAAUUUGUUAUUAUACAGAUUAAUAAAAUAAGUUUUCAAUCUAAUUCAUGUAGAACUGUUCAGCAUAAAUGUCAUACUAUUAUGUCUAUAGAUAAUGUCAGUUGAAAAAUUAAAGGUUUGACGACUUUCCAUUGGGUUAGUCAAACUGUAAAAGUGACUUGACUAGCGACGAUAGAUCACUGAUCAUGUUAAUUUUUCAGAAUUACCAAAACUUAUGAAUAGCAAGCAUUUUUUUGUUUGGUCAAGCUUAUGAAUAGCAAGCAUAUAAUUCAAAAGUUAUACUAUUAGAUUUGAAUAUACAAAAUAUUUUCUUUGAUAUAAUAACUUGUCAGAUGAUUUCCCAACUCUGUUAAAAUUUUAUGCUAAUGCUUUACUCUAUUCUCUAGGCUAACAUCUAAAGCUUUUCACUUUUCGAUAUUGGAUCUUAUACUAUUUUAUGUAAUAAUGGUUAUAGUACUACUUUUCAUUAGUUUUGACAAGAAAUCAUUAGUGGUAAACAUGCUUUUGGUCAAGUGGGGCUCUAUGUCUAACCCUAACAGUGCCACCAAUCAAGCUUAAAAGCUCUACUUAACCGACAGCCUCAUUGAUUUAUACAUAUAUCAUAAUGUAUAAAACUUAAAAAUUACAUAGGAAUGGAGUUUCUAAUCUAAUCUCUUCUACUUUGGAGUGCAUGUACCUUUCUAUUUAUAACACCAAUAACAUCUCCAAGUUUUUCACUCACCAAAUCAUAAACAAAACCCCAAGAAGAUGAUCUCUCUCAUCUUCUUGUUCUUCCUCUCCGUCUCUUUCACAUCCAAUGGACAAUUCUACGACGAAAGCAAGAACUACGAAGGCUCAUCCGAUCUUGUAAACCUUGAAUACCACAUGGGUCCGGUCAUAUCCUCGCCUGAGACUAGUCUUUACAUCAUAUGGUACGGCCGAUGGACCCCAACUCACCAGUCUACAAUCCGAGACUUCAUCUACUCAGUCUCUUCACCAGCACGGUAUCCCUCAGUAUAUGACUGGUGGAAAACGGUGAUGCUCUACAGAGACCAAACAGGUUCCAACAUCACCAGAACACUUGUCUUGUCCGGAGAGUUCCACGACUCAACCUACUCCCACGGAUCUCACCUCAGUCGCUUCUCAGUCCAGUCCAUCAUCAGAACUGCCGUGGCCAACAAGCUACCACUAAACGCUCUCAACGGCUUGUACUUGGUCUUGACCUCAGACGAUGUAGAGAUGCAAGAGUUCUGCAGAGCGAUUUGCGGGUUCCAUUACUUCACUUUCUCAACCGUCGUUGGUGCAACGGUGCCGUACGUGUGGGUCGGGAACAGUAGGAAACAGUGUCCGGAGAUGUGCGCAUACCCUUUUGCGCAGCCUAAACCGUUUCCAGGAAGCGGGUUUGUGAGUAGAGAGAAGAUGAAACCACCAAAUGGAGAGGUGGGGGUCGAUGGGAUGAUCAGUGUUAUAGCUCAUGAGCUGGCGGAAGUGUCGAGUAACCCGAUGUUGAACGGGUGGUAUGGAGGAGAGGAUGCAAUGGCGCCGACCGAGAUAGCAGACUUGUGUUUGGGAGUGUAUGGAUCAGGAGGUGGAGGUGGGUACAUGGGGAUUGUGUAUAAGGAUAGGUGGAGAAGUGUGUAUAAUGUGAAUGGAGUUAGAGGAAGAAAAUAUUUGAUUCAAUGGGUUUGGGAUCUUACUAGGAACAGAUGCUUUGGACCAAACGCUAUGAACUAGAUACAUUAAUGUUUGUUACUUCUGUCUCUUUCCAUUGAAGCCUUGAGGAGACAAUGUAUAUUGGUUUAUCUUUGCUUUAUGAAAUAAAAAUAAACCACACAAA